AUGGCGGACAAAAUGCACAUCUUGCUUCCUGCCGUGGGUGUUGGGGUUUUUCUUGUCGCUGUUGACCAGUUACUUGCGGUGGCAACCUAUGCCAGAAUUGGCAGUGAGCUCAAGGCUCUGAACAACACCAGCUGGAUUGCCACAUCGUACUUUCUCACCCUCACGAGCUUCCAACCUCUCUACGGCAAGCUUAGUGAUAUAUUUGGUCGAAAGGCAUGCCUUCUCUUCGCGUACGCCGUCUUCGGCCUCGGCUGCUUGGGGUGCGGUCUUGCUCAGAGUAUGACGCAGCUUUGUGUCGCACGAGCCAUCGCCGGAAUCGGCGGAGGAGGCAUGAGUUCGGUGGUGACGAUUCUGUUUUCUGAUAUUGUCCCGCUACAGGAGCGUGGCGUAUGGCAGGGCUACAUCAACAUCGUAUAUGCCGCCGGGACUAGCACGGGAGCUCCCAUCGGCGGAAUGUUCGCUGAUUCUCUAGGAUGGCGAUGGUCAUUCAUGAUCCAGGCACCCCUAUGCUUGAUAGCUUGGAUCUCAGUAUACUUAAUCCUCGAUCUCGAGCCUCCUUCUCAGGAUCACUGGGUCUCCAAAGUUCGUCAGGUUGACUUCCUCGGCGCCCUUACUCUUGUGUUCGCCGUCAUUUCUCUCUUGACAGGCCUAGACUCUGGCCCAAAUCUCGGAUGGUCAAAUCGCAUCACCAUCAUCUCACUGAGUUUGACGCCCGUCUUCUUUGCCUUGUUCCUCUUCGUCGAAAUGAAGGUCGCCAAGCAUCCAUUUGCUCCAGGCCACCUCAUACUUAGCCGAGAAUUGUUCCCUUGUUUUCUGGUCAACAUGUUCGGCAUGGCAUCCCAACUGAGCGCCAUAUUCUUUGUGCCACUGUUUUUCCAAGCUGUCAAGGGCCUCAACGCCACGACGAGCGGCACGAUGCUUGUGCCGGCCACGAUCUCGGGCGUUUUCGGUUCUCUAACAGGCGGCUGGAUUAUUAAGAGAACAGGAAAAUUUUGGUGGCCAACAACUAUCAGCUACGGGAUGCUCUUCCUCGCAAUGAUACCUUUGAUUGUUACGACCUGGUAUGGCUCGCUUUUUGGAACUACAGCGUCAUUUAUGGUGUCAUCCAUGGGGAAUGGAAGUGGCAUUACAACUAUCCUCAUCGCCCUCAUCGCUAACGCGGCCCCGGAGGACAGCGCAGUCGCCAUCGCCUGCUCUUAUCUCUUCCGAUCUCUUGGCUCAAGCAUCGGCGUUGGCACCAGCUCAGCUGUACUCCAGCAAGUCCUCAGAACGCAACUCGCCUCACGUAUUGGGGAAGAUGCCAGCCAGAUCGAGGAAAAGGUGCGCCAGAGUCUGGACAUUAUCAAGGAGCUACCGCCAUUGCUGGCCGAACAGGUGCGGGCGAGUUAUCAGGUUGCUACAGUUGCAGCCUUCAUACCCUCGCUCCUUUUUGGCCUUGGAUGUUUCGCUGCUACAUUUUGGGUGAAGGAGAAGUCUCUAAAGCGGUAG